AUGGCUGGAGAGCAAGGUGAUAGAUGUUCAUAUUCCUCCAUUGAAGCACCACUUUUGAAUGAUGAAAAAGUGAAUGAUUCAAAUACUAAGGACCAACAACACCUCACGGUUCAUCAUGUGGCCAACGCUUCUUCAUUCAAGACUUGCUUCCAUCUACUCAAUGCUAUCUCAGGAGUUGGCAUUGUUUCGAUACCGUAUGCCCUAGCAUCAGGAGGAUGGUUAAGCAUAUUUCUUCUCUUCACAAUAGCCCUAGCAUGUUGUUACACUGGCACAUUGGUUAAAAAAUGCAUGGACAAGGAUCCUAAUAUCAGGACCUUUCCAGACAUAGGUGAACACGCAUUUGGAUCGAAAGGAAGGUUCAUCGUAUCGAUAAUCAUGAACUCCGAACUGUACUUAGCAGUAACAGGUUUUCUGAUUUUAGAAGGAGACAAUCUAAACAAACUGAUACCGAAUGUGGAAAUUCAUAUAGGAGAGUUAAGUAUUGGUGGGACAACAAUGUUUACUAUGGUUACUUGUCUGGUUAUUUUGCCUACUGUUUUGUUUGAGGAUAUGAGUUUGUUGUCUUAUGUUUCUGCUGGUGGUGCUUUGGCUUCUUCGAUUUUCAUUGUUUCGUUGUUGUGGAAUGGUGCAAUUGAUGGAACUGGUUUUCAUGGAAAAGGAAGGGUUUUUAAUUGGAGUGGAGUUCCUUCUGCUGUUAGUUUGUAUGCUUUUUGUUAUAGUGCUCAUCCUGUUCUUCCUACUCUCUACAAUUCUAUGAAGAACAAAAGUCAUUUCUCUGGGGUCCUAAUUGUAAGCUUUUCAGCAUGCACAUUUGGUUACGCCGCCGCCGCAGUUCUAGGCUACUUAAUGUUCGGACAAGAAGUCGAAUCACAAGUAACUCUAAACCUCCAAACAGGAAAGUUAAGUUCAAGAGUAGCAAUAUACACAACCUUAGUAAAUCCAAUAGCAAAAUAUGCAUUAAUGCUUACACCAGUAAUUAAUGCAAUAAAAAUGAAGGUUUCUUGCAACAAAAGGGUCACACAUAUGAUUAUUAGUACAUCUUUACUAGUAAGUUCUCUUAUUAUAGCAGUCACAAUUCCUUUAUUUGGAUACCUUAUGUCACUUGUUGGAGCAUUGUUAAGUGUUUCAGCUUCAAUUUUAGUGCCAUCUAUUUGUUACUUGAAGAUUUCUGGAGAUUACAAGAGAUUUGGAAGUGGAAUGGUUAUUAAUUAUUCUAUCAUUGUAAUGGGAGUUGCUAUUGCUGUUUUUGGUACUUAUAGAUCACUUAAAGAUAUAAUUCAAAACAUAUAA